UCAGUUUCGCGGGAACUCCAGUGCAGGCUACUUUAGUUUUAUAGCGUUUCACAGGUUUUGAUAUAUAUACACAACAGUCAGGUGUUCAGGAUGCUGUUUCGUUUUGUCGUCGACCGAGGAGUGGGUAUAAGAAGAAGUAACGAUAAACACAGGGAUUAUCCGUUGUCAUCCCUGCUGGAGUGUUUUCAGUGUGUCCGUCAUGAUGAACACGUGUCUUACGGAGACUCGGGCGUCGCUGUUCCUCCUUUCGGAUGCACGUUCUCCACAGCUCCCGGACAGGGCAGCACGCUGGCUGUAGCGAACGAGGAAGGGGUUGUGAGCCUUUAUGACACUGAGAGACGCAGCACUGUACUGAAAGAAUGGCUGGCACAUGAUAACGCUGUGUUUGAUAUCGCCUGGGUUCCUGGAGCAAACAGCCUAGUGACAGCGUCAGGGGAUCAGACAGCCCGGCUGUGGGACGUGAUCUCCGGGGAGCUGCUGGGAAGCUUUAAAGGGCAUCAGUGCAGCCUGAAGAGUGUGGCCUUUCCCAAACAAGAGAAAGCUGUUUUCUGCACUGGAGGCAGGGACGGGAACAUCAUGCUGUGGGACAUGAGGUGUAGUAAGAAAGAUGGCUUCUACCGGCAGGUGAAACAGAUAAGUGGAGCUCAUAUGAAGAUGGAGAGAAACACACCGCAAACAAAGAAAAAACGAGUGACGUCUAGAGGAAUGGCUCCUUCUGUGGACUCUCAGAGGGGUGUGACGGCGGUUCUUUUCCGUGACGAAAACACGCUCAUCUCUUCAGGAGCCGUAGAUGGGACAAUUAAGAUGUGGGAUUUGAGAAAGAGUUACACAGCAUAUCAGCAGAACCCCACCCCACUCCAGAUCUAUCAGUACCCAGGAUCCUCCACACGCAAACUAGGUUAUUCAGGGUUGACGUUAGACUCUACAUGCUCCAGACUUUUCUGCAACUGCACAGAUGACAAUAUUUACAUGUUGGAUGUCAGUGGAUUGAAAACCGCGCCAGUGGCUGUGUUCAGUGGCCACCGUAACUCCUCAUUCUAUGUGAAGUCCAGCAUGAGUCCAGAUGAUCAGUUCCUGGCCAGUGGGUCGAGUGAUGGCCACGCUUAUAUCUGGAAGAUUUCUGAGCCAUCCCGGGCUCCUGUAAUGCUUCAGGGUCACAGUCAGGAAGUGACAUCGGUCACCUGGAGCCACUCUGAUUUUACAAAGAUUGCGACCUGCUCUGAUGAUAACACCGUGAGGAUCUGGAGGCUCUGCCGCAACAUAGAUGGAGAAUCCUCAGCAGGAGAUUUAAACCUUGUAGGCUGGGCACACCGCAAAAUCCAGACACCAUCCCGACCAUCAGGCUCCAUCCCUCUGUCUGAUAUAGUAACCCCGGUUCGCAACAGGUCAGGCAGCGAUGACUCUCUGUUGUCCCCUCAGCCUGGCUCAUGUGCCCCCAGUGGUGCAGACUUCCCUCUACCAUCUGUCACCUCCUCUCCGGCUGAUGCACCCUGCCCGUCCCAGACCAAAACUCUGCUCUCCAUCCCUGUCAUUAACACCCUCGGCUCUGAGAGGCGUGCCAAACGCCGCCUGGACACGAGCGAGACCGCAUCGGGGGAAGACGAGAGCGACGGAGUGUCCGAGCUCUAUCCAGACUGUAAGAGGAGUCGGGAGUCUGCGAGUGCUUUCUGCUCAUCAGCAGCAGAAGGAACAGAUCAGAAGGAAGAGGGGAUCAGCUCGUCUACACAGGCUGAUAAGGAGAACAGCUCACCGCUGAAGGCUGACUGGCUUUCUGCAAUGAGCCGAAAACUGAAACAGUCUCACAGCGGAGCUGCCUUAUCUAAAAGCCCUAAUGCAGGGAAGAGACAAGACUCGAGGACACAGUCCCUCUCUGCGCUGAGCUCUCCACAGUCUGUAAAGAAGGCGUCCUCCCCGCAGACGAAAAGAAUUUCCUCUCCAGCUUCUACGAAAAAGAUUUCUGCGUAUUUUCAGAAAACGCCACAGGACUGAUUUUCAUGCAUGUUUGCUUCCUUGGGGAAAAUCUGACCAAGGCUUGGACUUUUCUGCUUCCAGUGUUUGUGGAAGGAAAAAAAAAACUACACUAAGUUUUUAAGGAAAUAUCAAGCACACUGUUAUAAUGUGUGAAUUUUACCCUCAUCUUUUGUCUUUUAUCAAGGCAAACUUUAGAGGAAAUGUUUUUAUGCAACGGAUCGAAUUAUAUUUGAGAAUUCUAUAUAAAAGUCUGUGCGUUUAACUUUACCAUUCCUUGAAUCUGUUUGCAAAGUUGUCAUUAACUGAGUGUGUGAAAUGUGUGUUAUCAGUCAUGUUCAUAACACCUUUUUGUAUUAUAUAUAUUUUUUUAUUGGGUUUAUUGUAUUUUCCCUCUUCUAACUGUUGAAUAGUGUGUUGGUUUGAACCGGUGAUUAAAUGCAGGCACUCUGCACUCAGUAAAGACUUCCACUGGGUGAACUGAG